GUACAUCUCCCAAUCAGCGUAGUAGCGAAAUUUGCGGACUUCGUAAUUCUAAAUAAUUAUUUAAAAAAUGGCCUCAACUCUAGCUGCAGACCGUUUCUGGGUGGAUAAGGCAAAUUGCCAUAAUGCCGAACGUCAAUACUACGAACUCUUGAGCAAGCAGGGUUCCUCGACCAACAGCCAGUGCACUUUAGUCUCGGAAAUCGCUAAAGCAAGAGAACACAUUAAAAAUUCAUUAGAAAAGAUGGACGGCAUUACUACACUAACUGCAACUCCAGCAUCCGGUGAAGUACUUGAUCGUGUUGCUGUUAUCGAGAAAGAUAAUGCCGAUCUGAGGAACUUAAUCGAAAGCUUGCGAUCGGUUUGCUUAGAAACUCAAAGUCGCAUAACAGCUUUGGAGAAGAAAGUUAACACCGAAUUAGCCGGUAAAACAUCUGCUCCCGCACCUGCCUCCAAUGCCGCACCUGCCAAGGCAGAAGCCGAUGAUGAUGAUGAUGUGGAUCUAUUCGGUUCCGAGGACGAGGAGGAUGAAGAAGCCGCACGUGUGCGCGAGGAACGUUUGGCUGCAUACGCCGCAAAGAAAUCGAAGAAACCGCAAAUUAUCGCAAAAUCUAGUUUGAUUUUAGAUGUUAAGCCAUGGGAUGAUGAAACCGACCUGAAAGUGAUGGAAACGGAAAUAAGAAAAAUCGUAUCCGAUGGUCUAUUAUGGGGCGCUUCCAAAUUCGUCCCAGUGGCUUUUGGUAUCCAAAAGCUCAGCAUCUCGUGUGUCGUAGAAGACGAUAAAGUAUCGAUCGAUUGGCUAACUGAAGAAAUCGAAAAACUAGAAGACUACGUUCAAAGUGUUGAUGUUGCUGCAUUCAAUAAAAUUUAAAUAUUCAUAUUAAAUAAAAAUAUUCUGAAUAUAUAAACAAUAA